AUGGUGGUUAGCCUGCUUUGUGCUGCUCGGGUGCAAGCUUUUGCUCAGUUUAAUGGAUGGUACGGUCAAACGCAGAUGCCUUCUUAUGGGAAUCCAAUUGUUAUACGAACAGAUUCAGAAGAUGAUAGCCUAAGAAGUAUAUUACCUAUACUUUUACUCCUACUGACUGAUAAUGGAAGUCGAUUUGGGGGAGGCUUUGGUGAUGGAUGUAAUUGUGGUUGUUGCUGCUGCGGAUAUGGCAAUGGAUGUAGGUGUGGAUGUGGCGGUGGGGGAUGCGUAGGCGGAUGUAGUGGUAGAUGUGGAGGUGGAUGCGGUUGUGGAGGGAGUACAAUACCGAUACCUUAUCCCAUACCAAUACCUGUUAAUUGUCCUAUUAUCACCUAG